AUGCUGGUCUACGAGUUUAUCUCCCAAGGUAGCCUCCAUGACAUUCUUCACAACAAGAAUAACAAGGCGGCUCUCAACUUGGAUGCACGUUUAAGUAUCGCUGCACAGUCAGCAGAUGGUCUAGCUUAUAUGCACUCACAAGCAAACACUAGAAUUCUACACGGUGAUGUCAAACCAGCAAAUAUACUCUUGGAUGAUAACUUUAUAGCCAAGAUUUCAGACUUCGGCAUAUCUAGAUUGCUUGCGAGAGACAAGAAACACACUGCAUCAAUCAUCGGCGACAUAAACUAUAUGGAUCCGGUAUAUCUACAAGAAGGCCUACUAACCGAAAAAAGUGAUGUCUACAGUUUCCGAGUUGUGAUCCUGGAGCUUAUCAGUGGCAGGAGGGCCAUACAUUCUGAGAAUAAUAGCUUGGUAAAGAGUUUCCUUGAAGUCCAUAAGGAACAGAAGAAAGCGACCGAACUUUUUGACAAGGAAAUUGCAAUAGCAGAAGAUUUAGAGCUUCUUGAUAGUCUAGCAGGUAUGGCCAUGGAAUGCCUUAGCCUUGAUGUAGAUCAAAGACCAAUAAUGAUGGAGGUAGCUGGGCAACUACACAUACUGAGUCGAUCUCGUAAGGUGCAAGAUGUUUGA